AUGUCGGACCUCUCAGGUUCGCGAUCUCCGGUCCCUCCGCCUCCUCCCCCUCCGCCACAGAAGUAUUCAAACCGCGCCGCAAAUGCCCUCGCUAGAUUCGCCCAACCCUUCUUCGCGGGCUCGAGACCACCUAGUCCCCAAAGCAGUCGUGGGGGUGGUCCCCGGUCGAUCAGAUCCAAAUCACUACCAGGAGAACCGCAGACUGUGACCCACAAAACAGGCAUCGCAAUCACGGCUUUAGACAUCUCGCCUGAGCGGACACAUGCGGUUAUCGCAGGCAAGGAGAUUCUCAAAACCAUCCAGGUCUCACCAGACCGCUCGUCAGAGGAAUUCAAUAUUCGAAAUGCAGUCAUUAGCUAUGCAUCUACCCACCACGAUGUGGGCGUUUCGAUGCCACACAAGGACCAAUUGAAUGUGAAGGACGUAAAAUGGUCACAUGGCAACUAUGACCGGAUAAUCGCAACUGCAGUCGCAAAUGGUCGGAUUGUGGUUUACGACCUACAGCGGCCCGGCCUCCAAUUAUGUCGUUUCCAUGGUCACAACCGCCAGGUGCAUAGGCUUGCCUUCAACCCUCAUCUUCCUUCUUGGCUCCUAUCCGGCAGUCAAGAUGGCACAAUUCGGAUGUGGGAUCUGCGAUCCGCCUCUGCAAACCGGGGAACUUCCACGUGCGGCAGCAAACAUUCGUACCAAGGCAACAGCGAUGCCAUCCGAGACGUCCGGUGGUCUCCUAACGAUGGAGUCAUAUUUGCAACUGCUUCAGACAGCGGCGCGAUCCAGAUGUGGGAUUACCGAAAGGUUAACGCCCCACUGAUGAGAAUCGCCGCUCAUGAUCGCCCAUGCUUCGCAGUCGACUGGCACCCCGACGGAAAGCAUAUUGUGAGUGGUGGCACGGAUCGCCAGGUAAAAGUCUGGGACUUUUCUUCAUCUGCGGAGCGACGGCAGAAACCUGCAUUCCAGUUCCGAACGCCCCAGGCGGUCACAAAUGUGCGGUGGAGGCCUCCUUCUUGGGUUGGUGAGUCUCCUGCCUCAGGAGAAUGGCAAUCGUCUCAAAUUGUUACGUCCUAUGACAAAGAAGACCCACGCGUUCACCUUUGGGAUCUCCGUCGCCCGCACGUUCCAUUCCGCGAGUUCGAUCGGUACGAUUCACCCGCGUCAGAUCUGCUCUGGCGCUCCAAGGAUCUUUUGUGGACAGUCGGCGAGGCCGGGGCCUUUACCCAGACCGAUGUUCGGUAUGCCCCAACUGUGGUCAACCGCCGACCCAUGUGCUCUGUGGCCUGGAGUCCUAAUGGCGAGUUUGUUGCAUUCAGUCAACAACGGCCCAGACGACGUCCUUUGGGAGUCAAUGCUACUGAAUUUUUACGGCCCGAAGAAGAUGAGGACAGCACUGGCGAGAGAUCACUAAGCCAAAGCCCCGCAGAUGACAUAUUUGAUGAAGCUAUUUUGGCUAGUUCCCUUCGGAAUCGGCCUCACACGUCGGCCGCGGUUCGAUCAUCCAAGUCCUUGGGCAGUACUCCACCUGGACCAGUGGACUUUAUACCGGUGCUCCCUCUAGAACAAGCAUUGGCCAAACUCGCAACCCCAAUGCCUAGUCAGGUGGGAGUCAUUACGGCUAUUCCCGGUGCCACAAAUGACUCGGCAGUCUUUCGGUAUUUGGCAAGUCACUAUACACCAUUGAUGGAUGAGCACAGUGAACAUAGAACGCAGGCUGACGUCCUGAACUCUUUGAUUGAGUCGCUGGACCAUAACGCUGAAUGUGCAGAUGAGGUAUCCUUGGCCAGAUUGGCUCAGACCUGGAGAAUUGUCAAAUUCACUAUUCUUCAAGAACUCCAAUGUAGAGCUAGAGAUCACCCAGCAAAGGUUGGCCUGAAAGACAGGUCAUCUAAGGAUGGAGGCUUGAUAGACAGGUCACGACCCGAUGAUGGUCGACAGGACAGAGUCAAAAGUCGGUUAUUCAAAGGGGUCAUGGAGGCGGUCCCCGAGGCUGAAAGCUCGUCGAAUAUGACCACUCCUCUUGCGCGACCAUUGCCCGAUUCCCCAAAAGACUCGUGGUCGAGCACUGAUUCCCAAAUCCCCUCGUUGAGCGAUGGUGCAAUCGAUCUUGACCCUCUUCCGCCAUCAGUCUUGAGUGACCAUAAUGGUUGGGGGAUGUCAGACGGUAUACCCUUGCCACGUGGGCGACUAUCAUCAACCGAUGAUACUCGGUCAUCCAAAUAUCAAUGGGGCCCUACACAAGAAGACUUGGACAAAGAGCAACGGUCUGCGCCUCGGGCAAUUGCUGGCAAAGCAGAUUGGCGUCUUCAUGGUGACCCAGACUUCCCUCGGGAAAAUUCCGAGGAUGACUAUGACCAAAAGUUGGAAGAUAAGCGUGCAGCAAUUCGUGACUACAAGCAAUUUCCCAAGAAACCCUUGACUCUUGAAGCACAAAUGGAAUCUAAUCGGCCACCUCGUACCGACCGCUAUACUCGGCAUGAUUCUUCAGAGAGUUUUCCAAUGUUCUCUACAUCCACCGACAGCUCGCACCCCUCCAAAUCUAUUGGUGCAUCAUACUCGUCUACUGGACAACCUGAGGUAUCUAAAUCUCUGGAUUCUGGACAAUCUGCCACAGCGUUGAGAAAAGGAUCGAUUCUAGCUUCUACACGCGAGGAAUCGGAGGAUGAGCUCUUUGACAAGCUUGCCUUAGAGACUGGUCGACUUCAUCUAGAGCGCCCUUCGAGUCCUCUCCCUUUGAUCACAGAAUCAACCCCUCUUGAAAGACAGCAGCAACCUUUCCCACCAGAUGAUAUACCUUACCUCGGCACACUGCCUCACUCAACAAUGGGCGGUAUCUCACGAGUCCAGAUUCCACUCACGCCAGACGGAACAGACUUGAAACCGUGGGGGAUUGAAGCGAUUCUGAAAGAAUCAGUCCGAUAUUACCACAGCAGCAGUAGCUUAGUUGAUAUUCAGGCUGCGGCCCAUCUUCUCCAGAAGCUGCAUGUGCUUUUCCGGGACUGCGAACAAAUUCUCCCAUAUGAAGAAUGCGAAACGGUCUUCAAAACUUACAAUGAGCACUUGAUUCGGCACUCAAUGGACCUCGAGGCAGCAGAGCUCCGCCUAUUUUGUGUAUCAACAUAUCCUACCGUUUACGAAUACGCUCAGACAGAUUCAUUCAUCAACGUCUACUGCUACACGUGUCAACGACCAUUUGAAAAUUCUAUCCAAGAUAACAGCCGCUGCUAUCGCUGCAGCACACCUCAAGCACCAUGCUCUAUUUGCAUGAGCCUUGAUCCACCCCCGGAAUGGGUUGCAGAGCAGCAAACUGCACCGAUUUCUUCAUCUACUCUUACGGGUUCCGAUCCAGACUCUGAAACCACUUCAAACUAUUCAACGCAGUCCUCAGUUCCCACUGAGCCUGUCCCAGCAUCGGAGAUCGAGGUUCUCGAGCCCUUCACUGUACCUCGGCCCAAAGGAUCCGCCCUCUGGACUUGGUGCCAAGGCUGCGGCCACGGCGGCCAUCUAGCCUGCAUCACAACCUGGCUCGGCAUGUCAACCAGCGAAGGCGGCUGUGCCACAGCCGGCUGCUCGCAUGACUGCGGGCCUGGCCCACGUCGCGAACUAAACCGCGAGGCCCUACAGGCGGAAUCCAAGCGUCGGGACUCUGCCAGUCGCUCUACCGGUGUCGGACUCGUCAAGCGUGAUCCCUGGACUAAGGGUGAAAGCAAGGCCGUUGAAAAAGUCCGCGGCAUGCUGGGCGUUGCCGGUGUUGCCGCUGCCACCGGUGGUAGUGGUGCUGGCCCGGUCACUUUGACAAACAAUACUUCCUCUCCGGCGCCGGUUUCACCCGGUGCCAUGUCGCCCAAGAGAGUGCGGCUUAUUACCCCGAAUGAGCAAGAGAAGGAAAGUGUUGCAUCGGCUCGCACGGUCCCUCCUUUGAGGGACUGA